CAAACGCUGCCUCGCCAUGGGGAAAUUGAAUGAGCCUGGGGAUGGAUGAUGUGGUUGCGCGUGUGGUAUAUGAUCAACGUCUUAACUUAAUCAUACCUGCAAGAGAAACUUUGAAGGAGUAGUUAAUUUCUAGUACUAAACGUUUGCCUCGCUCAGUGGUGAACGUGAAGUUCCCAAUCUCUGAGCUUCGUUCAGUGAAGAUCCCACCACAGAGCACCAUCGUCAGCACCGAGAAGGUGCCGUUGCUCAUCUCAACACCGGUUCUCCUCGCCGUCCUCCCUCUUUCAUCAUCAGCUCGCUUCCUGAUAUCCAACGAUCUCUGGAGUUGAAAAGAAGAGAGCAAGCGAAAAAGAGAUACGAUGUGUGUUAGAGGAAAAUGGCUUGAUAACCCCAACUGCAUUUGCUGCGCUGAUGUGACUCGCCCUUUGAUCAUUGAUCAGCCCGACACCGACUUCUUAAAGGGAAGUUGGAAUCCCGAAGGGUGUGAGCUGCCUCAGCUUAAUGCGGGGCAGUUCUCGGAGAUGGUUCGAGGGAAAUCGAUCAGUGUUCGUCCAGGAUCCGGUAGGGAUGAGUCAAAUGCAGUCAUUGCUAUGCCUUCCUGACUGGUGUAAAUGCUCUUUCUGGCUAGCACACUCAUUUGCAGAGAGACUAGUGCUUAUCAGUUCAACAGAGCAAAGCUCAAGGGACACGAAUCCGAGUUCUACUUGAUCCAAGUAGAGGAGUUCAGGGCGGCCGAGAGGGAGGGAAUUGAGAGGGGGUUUAGACAUUCAGACUGCUGAAUACCGCUAACGCCAGGAUCCUUAAACCAAUGGACGCCCCAGCCGACACUGGCGGCUAUUGGAUCGGAACAUGAUGGUGGCCGACCUAGUCCUAUCAACACUUGGAAGUUCUUGUCUCGUGUUAUGAAGUCGAAUUUCCCUUCGGGUCGAAAGAAGAGUGCCUGGUAAGGAUGACUGGGGAAAAAUCAAACCCUUUUCCCUUUCACUCGUACACUAGUAAAGCACACAACUUUUCACGUGCAACAGAAUUUCACGCGAUAAAUGCAUUUGUAUAUAUUAGUAAGAUGUACAUAGAUAACUCGCCACCAUAAUUCUAUGACCCAUGCGAUCCUCAAAUUUGGCAACACUAGUUACUCAAGUUCUGCUCUUCAAUCGACUGUUUUCUUGCUGAGCAGAAUAGCGUGAUUCGCCCCUUUUCCUCUUAGACGGAAGUGAAAGAAUAUACUAAGCAUUGGAGUCUAGACAUUCUCAACGGUUUUACCUGCAAUGAAUGUCAAUUUAAAGCCAUUCCAUUACCCUUUUCUUGUUAGUCACUUUGCCUUUAUCCUAGGCAUCAAGUUUCAGCAGGUCCUUCAAGGUUCUUUCCUCUCUUGUCUGUAUAUCCUAUCUUACCCUACCCUAAUUUUUUAUCAAUUUUCCUCACCAGCUUCCAUGGCAUCACGUUCACUAAGACCUUCCAAAAAACGAACCCCAUUCUCUCCCUUUCCUUGCCUUUGAAGAAUACUAGGAGUUGUGUCGCCCUCUGCCUGCCUUGAUCCUUUGCUUCUCACAUCCACAUUCCCCCAAUCGCACUUUAAAUUUUGACUUCCCCACUCCCUUCCCCAACUUCACUUCCAAUCCAAUCCCUUCCCAACCCCACCCCCCACUUGAGAAGACAAAAAAGAAAAAAGAAAAAAAAAUCGAUACCGACUCGCCUACUCCAUUCGCACCGUCCUCGUCCUCAUCCUAAGUCUGUCGAUUUUCUCCAGGUAAAUGCCGCAUUCCCUUUUCAAUCCCAUAAAAAAUAGACCCAUCAAAAACUUGAGAUAAAUCACUUCCCGAAGAUUUGAUUGUGCACGGUAGAGAGCAUCCAAACCUUAGAAAGGUUUUUUUUUUUUUGAACUCCUGAUGUUUGAUUUUCCUAGUUCACUGUAGCAAUCCAUUUCCUUCCUUUUCUCCUCUUUCACCGGCGAGUCAUCACCAUAAUUGCAGUCAAAAACAGAAGGAAGAAAGAGACAAAAUCUGCGAAACGCGCGUAACGAAACCGCCAACGACCAAUCAAAUAAUUAAUUCAAUAAAUGGUGAAGAAAUUGCUGCGUAAAGCCCAACUCUUCGUCACUAAGUCUUUCCACAAACGCCGUCGUCCUUCUCCUCCUCGACCUUAUAAUCCGCCUCCUCCUUCUCCUCCUCCUCCUCCAUUCCCGCCGCCGCCGCCACCGCCGCCGCCGGCCGCCAUGUCUCCGCCGCAGCCCCAGUUCCCUUUCGUCUUCCCGCGCGCCGAGUCCACGGUCCUCCCCGACCCUUCCCCCUUCUUCGCGCCGGGCCUCCUCGGCGCCCCGCUCCCGACCAACUCCUUCUUCCAGAACUUCGCCCUCAACAGCGGCGACCAGGCCGAGUACAUCCACCCCUACCUCGUCAAGCCCUCCCCGUCCUCCGUCGCCGUCUCGUUCCCUUCCCGCUUCGCCACCUCCGCCUUCCUGUACCAAGUCUUCACCGCCGACCUCACCGUCUCCGCCGCCUCGGCGGGCGGCGAUGGCGACGGCGGCGGCGGCGACGCUGGGGCGGGGGCGCCGCGGCACGUGAUCUCGUCGUACAGCGACCUCAGCGUGACGCUGGACUUCGCGGCCUCGGGCCUGAGGUUCGUCCUAGCCAGGGGGAGCCCUUACCUGACCUGCCUGGUCAACCGCGGGGUGGAGGUCGCGAUCGCCACGAUUCACGCGAUCCUCUCGCUCUCCUCGAACAGCAGCCGCACCAAGCAUACCGUGAAGCUCAACAACAACCAGACCUGGCUUGUCUACACUUCCUCGCCGAUCAGUUUCAGGCACAGUCUCAAUGCGAUGACUUCGGGGAGGUUCUCCGGGGUCAUCAGGAUCGCCUGCUUGCCGGACGCUGGAUCGUUUAGCGAGGAGGUCUUGGACAGGUUCAGUUCCUCGUAUGCUCUGUCCGGUGAUGCGGUGUUGACUAGGCCGUUUUGCGUGGAGUACAAGUGGGAGAAGAGAGGGUGGGGGGAUCUGCUCAUGCUCGCGCACCCGCUCCACGUUCAACUUCUGUCUCCCGAUGACUGCGGCGUCACUGUGUUGGAGGAUUUCAAGUAUAGGAGUAUCGAUGGCGAUCUUGUUGGUGUGGUUGGAGAUUCCUGGGUGUUGAAAUCUGAUCCUGUCUCUGUCACUUGGCAUUCAAUCAGAGGCAUCAAGGAAGAGUCGCGCGAUGAAAUCAUUCAAGCCCUUAGCAGGGAUGUCGAGUCCCUUGAUCCAGCUGCGAUAACGACGGCUUCAUCUUAUUUUUAUGGGAAAUUGAUUGCCAGAGCGGCAAGGUUGGCUUUGAUUGCCGAGGAGGUGUCUUAUCCUGAAGUUAUCCCGGCGGUUGGGAAAUAUCUGAAGAGCACCAUAGAGCCAUGGUUGGAUGGGACUUUCAGUGGUAAUGGAUUCUUGUAUGAUGCGAAAUGGGGUGGGAUCAUCACCAAGCUAGGAUCGAAAAAUGCUGGCGAAGAUUUUGGCUUCGGGUUGUACAAUGAUCAUCACUAUCAUUUAGGGUACUUCCUUUAUGCGAUUGCUGUUCUCGCCAAGAUUGAUCCUGCAUGGGGAAGGAAGUACAGGCCUCAAGCUUAUUCAAUGAUGGCGGAUUUCAUGAACUUGGGGAGAAGAACGAAUUCCAAUUAUCCGCGUCUGAGGUGCUUUGACCUGUAUACAUUGCACUCUUGGGCUGGUGGAUUGACUGAAUUUGCAGAUGGGCGGAAUCAGGAGAGCACGAGUGAGGCUGUGAAUGGUUACUAUUCAGCUGCUUUAAUGGGAUUGGCCUAUGGAGACACCCAUCUUGUUGCCGUUGGGUCAACGCUCGCUGCAAUGGAAAUUCAAGCAGCUCAAACAUGGUGGCAUGUUAGAGAAGGUGAUACUUUAUAUGAGGAAGUCUUCACUAAGGAGAACAGGGUGGUGGGUGUUCUGUGGGCUAGCAAAAGGGACAGUGGUCUUUGGUUCGCUGGAGCGGAGCGGAAAGAUUGUAGGCUUGGAAUUCAGGUUUUGCCUUUGUUGCCUAUUACUGAGGUUCUAUUCUCGGAUAUCCAGUUUGUGAAACAGCUGGUGGAUUGGACAUACCCAGCAUUGAGCAGGGAGGGAAUUGAAGGAUGGAAAGGGUUUGUGUAUGCAUUGGAAGGGAUUUAUGACAAAGGUAGUGCGCUGGAAAAAGUGAGGAGCUUGAGCGGUUUUGAUGAUGGGAACUCUAUUUCGAAUCUUCUGUGGUGGAUUCAUAGUAGAGGUGAUGAAGAAGAGAUAGGAUGCAGUGAUGGAGGAAAGUACUGUUGGUUUGGUCACUAUUGUCACUGAAAUUGUUUUUUCAGGGACGGAUUGAAUUGCUUUAGAUGAGAUAUUUGUGUUGCUCAUUUUUUUGGAGCAUUUAUGUAUAUAUAUGAGGAAUCGCUUUGUGCCGCGUGUAUCUAUUUUCGGAAUAAAAUGGUUCAUUAUCCCUGCUC